CCCCCCUUGCUGAGCGGCAGAAAAGGGUGGGGCCGCCUCUCUGCAGCAGAGGCGGCGGAGGCAGAGGCUGCAGCAUCAUCCAAGGCAGCAGCGGAGACGGCGGUGCUCGGUCUGCGCUGGAGGUGAUCGCCUCCAUGCCCUACUAGGUGGCCGGCUGCUACUGGACCGGCGGAAAGGAGAAUCAAGCCCGGUCCGUGGAGCCUGCAGCCACACCGCCCAGCACUUCCUCUGCGCCAUGGCUUAAGCCCGCAGUCACCUCGCUUCGCGUCGCCUCGCUCCACCAGGGUCUGUGCGCCGCCGCAGCAGCAGGGAGGGGCGCGUCCCAGACGCCCUAGCCGGGGACUCCUGGACGCCGUGCAGCUGGCCCUUCGGCGCUCGCAGCAGCUGCGUUCCCGAAGGCGUUUGCAGCCGGUAAUCGAGGCACUUUACAGACUUUAUCUUAGCGAUAGCUCUCCCCGGGUGCUCUCUGGGGGAGGAGGGCGAGGUAGUAGGCUGAUUUGGGGAGAAAACGGUGGGAAUCACAUUGGUGGGUAGGGGCCAGGGGCUGAAGGAAGAUUCUAGAGACUUGCUUUAAAGAUACAAAAAGAAAGAGGGCCAGUUUUGCAUCUAGCAUCAUGGCGUGGCCGUGCAUCACACGGGCCUGCUGCAUCGCCCGUUUCUGGAACCAGUUGGACAAGGCGGACAUAGCGGUGCCGCUGGUUUUCACCAAGUACUCGGAGGCCACGGAGCACCCGGGCGCCCCACCGCAGCCGCCACCGCCACAACAGCAGCAGUCUCAGCCCCCCUCGGCGCGCGCGGUCGCCAUAGAGACGCAGCCGGCCCUGGGCGAGUUGGAUGCAGUUGCCCGGGCAACAGGGCCAGCGCCCGGGCCUAGCGGCGAACGUGGGGCGGCGGCCUCCGCCCGGAGUGGGCCGGGCCCCGGCGCGGGUUCCGGCUCCACCUCCGGGGCAGGCCCCGCGGACUCGGUGAUGCGGCAGGACUACCGCGCCUGGAAAGUGCAGCGGCCUGAGCCUAGCUGCCGGCCGCGCAGCGAGUACCAGCCUUCGGACGCGCCCUUUGAGCGGGAGACCCAAUAUCAGAAGGACUUCCGCGCCUGGCCGCUGCCGCGCCGCGGGGACCACCCGUGGAUCCCCAAGCCGGUGCAGAUCCCCACGUCCUCUCAGGCUACCGCGCCUAUUCUAGGGGCGCCCAAACGCCGGCCGCAGAGCCAGGAGCGUUGGCCGGUGACCACCGCCGCUGAAGCCAUGGAGCAGGACGCCCCAGGAGGAGCCGGUGUCCUGGCGGCCGGAAAGGCUUCCGGUGCGGACGAGAGAGACACCCGCAGGAAGGCCGGGCCCGCCUGGAUGGUGCGUCGCUCCGAGGGGCACGAGCAGACGCCCCCGUCCGAGGCUCUAGCGCAGGCACAGGCCCAGGCCCAGGCCGGAGCGGCUGGAAAGGCGCCUGGUGCAGAUGAGCGUGACACACGCAGGAGGGCCGGGCCCGCCUGGAUGGUGCAUCGCUCCGAGGGGCACGAACAGACGCCCCCGUCCGAGGCUCUAACGCAGGCACAGGCCCAGGCCCAGGCCGGAGCGGCUGGAAAGGCGUCUGGUGCAGAUGAGCGCGACACUCGCAGGAAGGCGGGGCCCGCCUGGAUGGUGCAUCGCUCCGAGGGGCACGAGCAGACGCCCCCGUCCGAGGCUCUAGCGCAGGCACAGGCCCAGGCCCAGGCCGGAGCGGCUGGAAAGGCGUCUGGUGCAGAUGAGCGCGACACUCGCAGGAAGGCGGGGCCCGCCUGGAUGGUGCAUCGCUCCGAGGGGCACGAGCAGACGCCCCCGUCCGAGGCUCUAGCGCAGGCACAGGCCCAGGCCCAGGCCGGAGCGGCUGGAAAGGCGUCUGGUGCAGAUGAGCGCGACACUCGCAGGAAGGCGGGGCCCGCCUGGACCGUGCGUCGCACCGAAGGGCAAGAUCAGAUGUCUGUGCCGGCUGCUCAGGUCCAGGCCGAAGAAGGUGGCCCGGCGGCUGGAAAAGCGUCUGGUGGAGAUGAGCGUGACACACGCAGGAGGGCCGGGCCCGCCUGGAUGGUGCAUCGCUCCGAGGGGCACGAGCAGACGCCCCCGUCCGAGGCUCUAACGCAGGCACAGGCCCAGGCCCAGGCCGGAGCGGCUGGAAAGGCGUCUGGUGCAGAUGAGCGCGACACUCGCAGGAAGGCGGGGCCCGCCUGGAUGGUCCAUCGUUCCGAGGGGCACGAGCAGACGCCCCCGUCCGAGGCUCUAGCGCAGGCACAGGCCCAGGCCCAGGCCGGAGCGGCUGGAAAGGCGUCUGGUGCAGAUGAGCGCGACACUCGCAGGAAGGCGGGGCCCGCCUGGAUGGUGCAUCGCUCCGAGGGGCACGAGCAGACGCCCCCGUCCGAGGCUCUAGCGCAGGCACAGGCCCAGGCCCAGGCCGGAGCGGCUGGAAAGGCGUCUGGUGCAGAUGAGCGCGACACUCGCAGGAAGGCGGGGCCCGCCUGGACCGUGCGUCGCACCGAAGGGCAAGAUCAGAUGUCUGUGCCGGCUGCUCAGGUCCAGGCCGAAGAAGGUGGCCCGGCGGCUGGAAAAGCGUCUGGUGGAGAUGAGCGUGACACACGCAGGAGGGCCGGGCCCGCCUGGAUGGUGCGUCGCUCCGAGGGAUACGAGCAGACGCCGCUGCCAGCUGCCCAGGCCACUGGCCCAGAGGGUGGCAAGGGGCGCGCAGCUGCAGAUGCCCUCAACCGGCAAAUCCGCGAGGAGGUGACCAGUACAGUGAGCAGCUCCUACAGGAAUGAAUUCAGAGCAUGGACAGACAUCAAGCCUGUGAAACCAAUAAAAGCCAAGCCUCAGUACAAGCCCCCAGAUGACAAGAUGGCUCAUGAGACCAGCUACAGCGCCCAGUUCAAGGGGGAGGCCAAUAAGCCAACAGCAGCUGACAAUAAGGUCAUGGAUCGCAGAAGAAUACGCAGCCUCUAUAGCGAACCUUUCAAGGAACCCCCAAAGGUGGAGAAACCUAGUGUUCAGAGUUCCAAACCAAAAAAGACCUCAGCGAGCCAUAAGCCCCCGAGGAAGGCCAAAGACAAGCAGGUGGCGUCGGGCCAGGCUGCCAAGAAAAAGAGCACGGAGAGUCCCAGUGCCACCAAGCCCGACGACAAGGAACAAAGCAAAGAGAUGAACAAUAAACUGGCUGAGGCUAAAGAGAGCCCAGUCCAACCUGCCGGAGAGACACAUAAGAAUCAAGGUCCUGUAGCCACAGAGGCAGACAAGGAUCAAGGUCCUGUGGUCCCAGGGCUUCUGAAAGGUCAAGGCCCUGUGGUCCAAGAGCCUCCAAAGGAUCAAGGUCCCAUGGUCCCAGGACCUCCAAAGGAUCAAGGUCCUAUAGUCCCAGGGCUGCUGAAAGGUCAAGGCCCUGUGGUCCAAGAGCCUCUGAAGGAUAAAGGUCCUGUGGUCCCAGAACCUCCAAAGGAUCAAGGUCCUGUAGUCCCAGGACCUCCAAAGGAUAAAGGUCCUGUGGUACCAGGAUCCCUGAAAGAUCAAAGUCCUGUGGUCCCAGAACCUCCCAAGGAUCUAGGUUCCAUGGUCCCAGAACCAGCCAAGGACCAAGGUCCCUUGAUCCCAGAGCCUGUGAAGAACCAAAGUCCUAUGGUUCCAGCUAAAGUUUUAGAUCAAGGUUCCAUGGUACCAGCAUUUCUGAAGGAUCAAAGUCCUGUGGUUCCAGCACCUGCUAAGGAUCCAGGUCCCUUGGUCCCGGAGCAUCAGAAGGAUCAAAGUGCCAUGGUCACAGCACCUAUAAAGAGUGAAGGUCAUAUGGUCUCUGGGCCUGGAAAGAGUCAAAGUUUAGCAGCCCCAGAGCCAGUCAAGGGUCAAGAUGUAGUGGUCACUGAGCAUCUGAAGGGUCGUGAUUCUGUGGUUAUGUCACCUGUAAAGGAUCAAGGCCCUGUGUUCCAUGAGUUUAUGAAGCACCAAGACCCUAUUAUCCCAGCACUAGCCAAGGAUCAAGGUCCUAUGGUCUCCGAGCCUCCAAAGAAUCAAGUCCCCAUGGUCACUGAGCCUAUGAAGAAGCAAAUUCCUAUAACCCAGAUGCCUCUGAAGGAUCAAGAUCCUCUGGUGCCAGCACCAGCAAAGGACCCAGGUCCUACGGUUCCUGAGCCUCUGAAGACUCAAGGCCCCAGGGGCCCUCAGCUGCCCACUAUCUCACCUCCACCCCCUGUCAUGAUCCCAACUGUCCCUCAUGCAGAAUAUAUUGAAGGGUCCCCUUGAUGCCCCACCCCUUGAUGUACCAUCAAAGGAGCUGGCCGUGGAAGGGCUCCUCCCCUCCCGGGGCAGCGAAGACACAGUUAAUCUGCAUGAAACGUGCUGUAUAGUCUUGCUGAAAUCUAAUAAAACUGGUCCUUCUGGUUCA